AUAUCUCUGCUGUCACUCAGGUGUAGCCACCUCCUUAGCAGUCACUCUCCUGAUUCCACCCUCCAUUCAACUCCACAGAUCUACAAGAGAAACAGCAGAAUUUUAUGCAAUGUAAUUUUAUGCAGCUAACUGAACUGGCUUUACUGAAUUUUCAGACUAAAAAAACAUUUUGUUAUCUUUCUUAACCACCUACAUUCAUCUGUUUACUGUUUAUACGUUUAUAAAGUCUAAAUUAUGUCAAAAUGAGUGCAUGAAGAAAUGCAAAAUAUAUUGCUGAACCUUUUUCACCAGAACUUCCUGACAUAUCUUUCGACACCAUGCUGUUUUUUAAGCUACGUAAGAAACCAGACUCCUAUACUUCUGCUUCUUUUAGUAUUUAGAUCCUACACCCUGUUACGCGAAAGCUCUAACCAUGCAGCACCUCAACUCAUCUAACAGCUCGCUCAUCGCUCCUGUCUCUACUGAGAACCUGAUUGGCAGUAUUGUGGGGGCAGUUUGCUUUACACUGGGAGUCCCUGGUAAUAUUGCUGUAAUGGUGCGUCUGUCUGGAUGGCUGAAGAGAGGCAGUUUCACCCCAAGACUGAUGCUAAGCCUGGCCAUAUCAGAUCUACUCACUCUGAUUUCUCUGCCGGUUUGGAUUUGGGCUCAUCUGCAUGGCUGGGUGUUUGGCUUGGUCUUGUGUAAGCUUCUCUCUUACAUCAUGUUGUUAAGCUUCUACUGCAGCAUACUGUGUGUGGUGUUGAUGAGCAUGCAGCGUUACAUCCAAGUGCUGCAUCCUGAGAAAUGGAAGAAGCUUGGCAGAAAUGGAAAGAAGAUCCUUUUGAGUGGGAUGUGGGUGUUAAGUGCAGUUUUAUCAUGCUAUGCUCUCAUACUAAGCGAUUUAAGCAUGGACAGAGGAAGACUUCUUCAGUGCACGCUAAGAUAUCAGAAUAAGACUGAAAGAGUGCUUACGGUUAUCUGGCAGAUUAUAAUAUUUGUGGCUUCAUCUACCAUCGUAUCUUAUUUCUACUUUCACCUUCACAGAGGAGUUAAUAACUCAGUUUUCUUUAGCAGUAACUCAUUGACCAAGGUGGUGACGAGAAUCGUGGUGUGUUUUUUUAUUUUUUGGUUCCCUAAUCAAAUCUCCGACAUUGUUAUCAUCAUUGCAACAUUGACUGGGAAUGACAGUCUGUUAAGAUCUGCAGUAUCUGGAGACAAUGUUACUACAGCUCUGGUUUUUUUUAACAGUUGUGUGAACCCCUUCCUGUACGCUUUCUCUGCUCGGGCUCUUCAACAGGGAACAGCUGGAACAGAUGAUCCUUAGUUUCUUGAACAUAUAGAGGUUUGAGUGAGCUGAUGCAUGUCCAUUUGUGUGCUCCUAAAGCAUAAUGGUCUUAAAUUAGAAAAUGAUAAAUGUUACUUAAUCCAAAAAUGUGUUCAUCAAUAUUAGCAACAUUCUUUAUAAGUAUAGUUCUGUGUUUGUUAGAUUUUUUUGUGUCUCUGCUUUACAUUGUUGAUUUCAUAUAGUGUAUAGUUUUGGUUGAAACUAAAAGCUGUUUUUGAAAUUCAAAAUUUCGAGCUAUAAACCAAAAUAAAGUUUUCUAAUUUUUAUAAAUGCUGCUUCUGCUUGCACAGUUGUGAGGCAACAUGACAGGAACUUUUACCGUGAGUUGCAACGUUAUAAUUGUACAGGAAUUUGCUUCAGAGUCAUUUCAGACAGUUAAGAGUAGAAAUAGAUGCCAAUAUGGAGGCACAAGAUACACACCACCUAAGAAGAAAUGCAACUGAUACAGAGCUGAAAAUUCUGUAAUAUUUUUUUUCUAAAUAAAAGAAUUAUAAUUAAACCAUGCAGUAUCUUAAGAUGUUCUACACUGAA